AUGCAGCAUAAGCAUGGCAACCUCAACGUUUCUGAUCGGACACCGCUCUGGGCUGGGGAGAAGUCGUAAGCAGGCGCAGGGCAGCACCAGCCGCCUCAUUGAACAACAAAUUGGAUUUUGAUACGAGAUCCUCUCGUCGUUGUUGUCAAGAAGAUCCCCAUCGACUUCGAAGUACGAAGUACCUCCGUAACCUCCGUCCACUUGCCCUGGCCUGGUUUGCAAAGGGUACCAUGAUCGACAGGCCUGGCAGCACCAUCAACUCCUCCUCGCCUUGUCCAAUCUCCAGUCAUGUUGCAAAUCUGCGAUCCCAUCGUACAGAGUGCCAGCAGCAUGUUCUCGCCAGCACGCCUGGAACCACAAAUGACAUGCCGAAAGAACGAGGUUGCACAGCAGUUGCCUAUUCCUACCCAGCCGAGUCUGCAUACAAGCCUCCCACGCCUCCUCCCACGCUCAAACUCCGCUACCCAACAACUGUUUUUCGUUCCUGCCUGUGCACGACAUGCAGCGUGCAGCAGUUCCAAAUCCACUUCAUCUUUGGUUCAGUGGUGGACUAA